CGUCGUUAAGUUGCCAAGUCAGUUAUAAGGCGCGACGAGCGACACAGUCGCUCCCGGUUCUGCGAUCCGUUACUUAGAUAUAAGCUAGUGAAAUUUCCCCCCGGGGGCUAAAGCCUGUCCGUUGGAGAAUCGAUACCGGGAGAGUGCACACUCCGGGCGGUAGCCAUCCGAAGCCAAGUGGUGGCCAAGGAGUGCAAGGAUGUCGACGAUGGAACUGAUGUCGGAACGCAGCGGACUAGCUACGCUGGCCAUGCCGACGGUUGUGCUGAUGACCCUAGUGGCAGUGGCCAGCGGGCUGUUUCACAUGUGGAUGCAGUCGCGCAGAUAUGUGAAAUUGGGGAAUAUGAUUCCGGGACCUAAAGCGUACCCUUUGAUUGGAAAUGCCAAUAUGCUGCUAGGGAAGACUCAUGAUGAAAUUAUGAAAAGAGCCGUAGAGUUAAGUUAUGUGUACGGCAGUGUUGCUCGUGGCUGGAUUGGGUACCAUUUGGUGGUGUUCCUAACGGAUCCGGCGGACAUUGAAAUAAUUUUGAACAGUUAUGUGCACUUGAACAAAUCGAGCGAAUAUCGGUUCUUCAAACCGUGGCUCGGAGAUGGGCUGUUGAUCAGCAGUGGUGACAAAUGGAAAUCACACCGGAAGUUGAUUGCACCGGCCUUUCAUAUGAAUGUGUUGAAGACUUUCAUCGAUGUGUUCAACGAUAACAGUUUAGCAGUGGUCGAACGGAUGCGCAAAGAAGUCGGCAAAGUGUUCGACGUGCACGACUACAUGAGUGAGGUGACGGUGGAUAUUCUGCUGGAAACUGCUAUGGGAUCGAGCAGAACAGGGGAAAAUAAGGAAGGGUUCGAUUAUGCGAUGGCAGUGAUGAAGAUGUGCGACAUUCUUCACUUACGUCAAUUACGAAUCCACCUUCGGGUGGAUUCACUAUUUAACUUGACAAAAAUAAAACAAGAACAGGACCGCCUAUUGGGUAUAAUCCACAGCCUGACGCGUAAGGUCGUCAAACAAAAGAAGGAACUUUUUGAAAAGAACAUGGCAGAAGGCAAGAUGCCAUCGCCAUCGUUGUCUGAAAUCAUUGACAAACAUGAACCAGCGGCGGAAUCGGUUCCACAAAUCUCCCAAGGAUCGAUGCUAACAGACGAUCUGGAUUUUAAUGACGAAAACGAUAUCGGUGAGAAACGACGGUUGGCUUUCCUAGAUUUGAUGAUCGAAACGACCAAAUCCGGUGCCGAUCUGACUGAUGAGGAGAUUAAGGAGGAAGUAGACACUAUCAUGUUCGAAGGUCACGAUACAACGGCUGCGGGUUCCAGUUUCGUGUUGUGUCUGCUUGGUAUUCACCAGGAUAUUCAGGAUCGGGUGUACAAAGAGAUCAAGCAAAUAUUCGGCGAUUCCAACAGGAAAGCAACCUUCAACGACACGCUUGAGAUGAAAUAUUUGGAAAGAGUUAUAUUUGAAACGUUGCGAAUGUAUCCGCCUGUUCCGAUUAUCGCUCGGAAACUUACCCAGGACGUCCGUUUAGCGUCACAUGAUUAUGUGAUUCCCACCGGAACCACGGUAGUGAUCGGAACCUAUAAAUUGCAUCAUCGCGAAGAUAUUUAUCCCAACGCAGAAGUGUUCAAUCCUGACAAUUUUCUACCGGAGCGAACACAGAAUCGUCACUACUACAGCUAUAUUCCGUUUAGCGCUGGGCCACGAAGCUGCGUAGGUAGAAAAUAUGCGAUGUUGAAGCUCAAGGUGCUCUUGUCAACGGUUUUGCGCAAUUAUCGGGUGGUUUCCGAUUUGAAGGAAACCGAUUUCAAACUACAAGCGGACAUUAUCCUGAAGCGAACCGAUGGUUUUAGGAUUCAGCUGGAACCAAGACUGUAAAAUACGCGACGCCAUAAGAUAAAAAGGUCAUCUUGUCGCGACAUCCACUAUUGAUGGACAUAAAUUGAUGGUUGUCUCGCUUUAUGAUACUGUUAAUUGAAUUGUUCGGUUCCCGAAGGACCAAUAUCGAAACUAGCACUCGCUUUCUCUUUUUUGCGUCUAUUGCACUUUGCUUCUAUCAUUCGUUUAUUUAUUCUCAAAUGAAAGUUUUUUUUCCAACGCACGAGCAUAACAGAGAGAUAAUAAAACCUUCUCCGCAAAACCGUCUUA